CUAAUACGGGGCUGCUUUAAGUUGUUAAAACGAACCAAGGUAAAAGCCCAUUGAUUUGAUUAAAAAGCACAUUUCAGGUCGUGCAUUCCACUGUCCACACUAUCUGAGUACACGACGACACCGCAUGCUGGCAUAAUUGUCAAUACUAUGGCGAAAGCGCGGAAUUUCUACGUGAUAGGGCUGGCCCUGCUGUUAUGCCCUUUUAGUGACAGUGCUAUUAUUCGUCGGGUACGACAGGCAUAUGGCAGUUCGCCACCCUCCAGCUCGUAUUCGGCACCGUCGCCGAUGUCCCCGGCACCCAUGCAGAGUUCCUACGGGUCAUCGCCGUCUUCAUACGGAUCCAGUCCGACACCACCAGCACCCUCUCCACCAGCACCAUCUCCGCCAUCGUCAUACGGAAGCUCACCGACGAGCUACUCCUCGCCGCCUUCUCCCAGUCCAGUUCCCAGUUCGUAUGGAUCAUCACCAACGCCACCGGCUUCGUACGGAAGUUCACCGUCAAGCCCGGUACCGUCCGCACCAAUGCAGAGUUCGUAUGGCUCACCGUCCCCAACACCAACUCCCUCGAGUUAUUCGGCGCCGUCUCCACCGGCUCCUAUAACCUCUCAACCAUCUUCCUACGGCUCAUCGCCCCCGGCUUCGUAUUCAUCACCGACCCCAGUUCCACCUUCACCAUCACCGCCAUCCAGCUCGUACGGAUCGUCACCCCCUGCCAGCUAUUCGUCACCGACACCACCGGCGCCGUCCCCACCUUCGACGUCCUAUGGCUCAUCGCCACCAGCCAGUUAUUCUUCCCCGACACCUCCGGCACCAAUGCCAUCACCACCUAGCACACCGUACGGCUCGUCACCUCCAGCCAGUUAUUCUUCCCCGACACCUCCGGCUCCAAUGCCAUCUCCACCUUCGACAUCGUAUGGAUCCUCACCGCCGGCUAGCUAUUCGUCCCCGACACCUCCGGCUCCAAUGCCAUCUCCACCUUCGACAUCGUAUGGAUCCUCACCGCCGGCUAGCUAUUCGUCCCCGACACCUCCUUCACCAUCGCCACCGGCCACCUAUUCUUCCCCGACACCUCCGGCACCAAUGCCAUCUCCACCUUCGACAUCGUACGGCUCGUCACCUCCGGCCACCUAUUCUUCCCCGACACCUCCGGCUCCAAUGCCAUCUCCACCUAGCACAUCGUACGGCUCGUCACCACCGGCCAGUUAUUCUUCUCCGACACCUCCGGCACCCAUGCCAUCACCACCUAGCUCGUACGGAUCUUCUCCCACUCCCCCAUCCCCGUCCCCUCCUAGUUCGUAUGGAUCCUCGCCACCGGCUCCAACACCACCAGCACCUUCUCCCCCGUCAACAUCCUACGGAUCCUCCCCACCGGCGAGCUAUUCAUCACCGACACCCCCGGCGCCCUCUCCGCCUUCCUCUUCUUACGGGUCAUCCCCACCUGCUAGUUACUCCUCCCCAACGCCGCCGGCGCCAUCUCCUCCGUCGACUUCUUAUGGUUCAUCGCCACCGGCUAGUUACUCGUCUCCGUCUCCCUCGCCUCCUGCGCCGGCUCCCCCGUCGACGUCUUAUGGGUCGCCCACACCCCCGGCGCCGUCACCGCCGACCAGCUCUUAUGGAUCCUCUCCACCGGCCAGUUACUCUUCCCCGACCCCUCCCGCUCCGUCGCCACCAUCAACUUCCUAUGGGUCAUCCCCGCCGGCCAGCUAUUCGUCUCCAACCCCACCAGCACCAUCACCUCCAGCUUCGUACGGAUCAUCGCCGCCCGCAAGCUAUUCGUCGCCGACACCGCCGGCUCCCUCCCCGCCGUCCACCUCGUAUGGCUCGUCUCCACCGGCAAGCUAUUCCUCACCGACUCCAUCACCGUCACCACCGAGUUCCUACGGGUCAUCGCCCUCCCCUUCCCCUAGCUCGUACGGCAGCCCCUCAGCGCCGUCUCCAGUGGCUACCGCUCCUAUGCAGAGCGCUUACGGCAGCUCGCCGGCUUCUUACGGCAGCGGAAGUGGCUAUGUGGCAUCACCGUCCUCUUCCUACGGCUCCUAUCCGAGCGGACCCACAAUGGCCCCGCCCAUGACUAUGGCUCCCCCCAUGACCAUGCCUCCUACCACGACAGUGCCACCACCGCCUCCGACCACCACGAUGCCGCCACCCCCUCCAACCACCACUACCCCACCGCCGCCUCCACCACCGACUACCACGGCUGGCCCCCCACCACCUCCUCCCACUACCACCCCGCCGCCGCCGCCUCCCCCCACCACCACGCCUAUGAUGAUGACCACGAUGGCGUAUGGUAGCUCAUACGGUUCAUCGUCCUACGGCGGUAGCUCGUCGUAUGGUGGGAGCUCUUACGGCGGAAGUAGCGGCUCCAGUAGUGGUUCCGGUUCCAGUACCAGCAGCGGGAAUAGUGGAAUGUGGUUUGCGUAUCAGUACCCGUUCAGUCGGGCGUAUUACAAUCCGAUGGACACCCGCAAUCCGCAAACUAUGUGGGCGCUGGGAACGGCAGUUUAAUUACCGGAAAUUAUUUAUCUAUUUGUACCUCAUUGCUCAUUUUGUACUGUUGAGUGUUCUAGUAUAAUGUACCUUUAUUUAAUUUAUUUUGCGUGAAAAUGGAUUCGACUGCAGCAGUUGACACCGAGCUACAGUAGUGUUGUGUACGUAACGGAAGGGAGGUCAAAAACGGUCAUAAUCAGAACAGUUCGACGUCAAUAAUGUCCAAUUAUUACCGAAUAAUAAGACGAAAAACUGA